AGCAGAGCAGGAAUCCAUAAGAGAAUCCGAUAGUAACAUUUUGGAUGUAUCAUCUGAUUCUCCAAGAGAGAAACAUAUUUCAAUUCAAAGACAACUUGCCGAUCUAGAGAAACUAGCUGAUCUGAAUGAAGCUGAAAAGAAGCCCUGUCCGUUGUGUCCUGAGGAGAAAUUCAAAGCUUGUUAUAAUCAUAAACUUCAUCGCCACCUGCAGAAUUUGCACUGGAAAAUUUCUGUUGAAUUUGAAGGGUACAGAAUGUGCAUCUGUCACUUACCUUGUCGUCUGGUAAAGCCAAAUGUCGUUGGAGACCAGACAUUUUCAAAGAUGGGAGCGCACUACCAUUGCAUUAUCUGUUCAGCAACUAUCACACGAAGAACUGACAUGAUAGGGCAUAUUAAUCGUCAUGUGAAUAAAGGAGAAACUGAAUCAAGAUUUAUCACAGCCCCUGCUCCCAAGUCUUCUCAUGAAGUGCUGAAAGAGUCGGAUGCAGAUGUGCAAGUGCAUCCCAACUACUCCACACCUCAGAAAACCGAUUCGUAUUUCAAUCCUAAAAUGAAACUCAACAGGCAAUUGAUAUUCUGUGCACUGGCUGUUCUGUGUGAGGAAAGGAAACCAAUUGAAUGUUUGGAUGCAUUUGGUGCCACUGGUAUAAUGGGAUUACAAUGGGCAAAGCAUCUCAGAAGUUCUGUGAAAGUUACUAUUAAUGAUUGUAAUGAAAAUUCUGUGAUGAUGAUUCGGGAAAAUUGCCAUUUAAACAAGAUGAAAGUGAUACCGAAAACUAAGGAGGACGACACUGAUGAGGCUAUAGAAGAUGGAGAAGAAAAUAUUGGCACCAUUGAGGUGACAAAAAUGGAUGCUAAUGUUAUAAUGCAUUUAAGAUCAUUCGAUUUUAUACACUUGGACCCCUUUGGAACUUCUGUGAAUUACCUGGAUGCUGCCUUUAGAAAUGUAAGAAAUCUCGGGAUUGUGUCGUUGACCUCCACAGACAUCAGUUCUCUGUAUGCAAAGGCCCAGCACGUUGCCCUGCGUCAUUAUGGAUGCAAUAUUGUCAGAACAGAGUACUACAAGGAGCUGGCAGCCAGAAUAGUAAUUGCUGCUGUGGCAAGAGCUGCAGCUCGUUGUAACAAAGGUAUUGAAGUUUUACUGGCAGUAGCUCUAGAACAUUUUGUUCUAGUAGUAGUCAGAGUUUUGAGGGGACCAUCUCCUGCAGACGAUUCAGCAAAGAAAAUCAAGUAUCUCAUCCAUUGCCAGUGGUGUGAAGAGAGAGUUUUUCAGGGAGGGAGUAACAUGGUAGAAGAAAACCCUUACCAGCAGCUGCCUUGUGACUGUCACGGCAGUAUGCCUGGGAAGACAGCGGUAGUCCUCGGACCUCUCUGGUCAGGAGCUCUCUUUAACACUGGAUUUCUCAGAAGGAUGCUGCUUGAGUCUGUUCAGUAUGGUUUAGAGGAAACUCAGCCCCUUCUGAAGACGUUAAUUUGUGAAGCGGAGUGUACAACUUCAAAGCAGUUUUCUAUCCACGUUUCUGCUGAUGAGAACAAACAAGAAGAGUGUGGAGUAUAUAUCAAAACACCAGAUACGCAACUUGGUACAGCAGAAUCCUACCUGGUACAGGGAAAAAGAAAAAGUAAUGAAGCUAUUCGAAAUGCAACAAAACGACCAAAAUUUGAGAACAGUGCUGAGCACCCUGCGUUUUACUACAAUAUCCAUAGACACAGUAUUAAAGGAAUGAACAUGCCAAAGUUAAAUAAGUUCUUAAGCUAUCUGUCUGAGGCUGGAUACAGAGUAAGUAGAACCCAUUUUGAUCCGAUGGGAGUUCGCACUAACGCGCCCUUGGCACAAUUUAAGACUAUCCUCGUGAAGUACAGCAGUCCCACGUACACUGGGGGACAGGGAGAAGGCACGGUUCAUCUCACUGAAGAUCUCCAGGUAGGAGACCAUGUUCAAGCUGCUGUAGAUGACAAAGCAGGAGAUGGUGAGAUUCUGGAGGAUGAUAAAUCUGGAGUUACUGCCAGGAUCACAGAAGACUGCUCUACUCCUUGUGCAGCUGAGUAAUGAAAGACACUGUCUUGAAAUCAGGAUUUUGAAGACUUAAAACUAUACCUGUUGAAGUAAGCCAGUACUUCUUACAGAACUGAGUUUGGAAAAUCUGAUUUGCCUGCUAUUUUAUUUGUGAAGAUGUUUUAGAAUUGCAUAGCAGAGCUUGCCACUGAUCACAGUGCAUGUGGUUGAAGUACCUUUACUGUGGGGAAGUCUCAGUGCAGUUAUUGCUUUUAUGCUUACACCCAUUUUUACACUGUGGCAGUGUGACUACCCUCACAUCUUUGAAAAGCUGUAUUCAGAUUGCUAGCACCUAAU